AAGAAAAAAAAAAUGAACAUUAACUUUAAAUGGACUAAAAAACAGUUUGAAUAUCGUGCAGAGUUAGGCGAUGAUAAUUUCCAAAGUCCACUUCCUGAAGGCAACAAAACUGCUCUAAGUUAUUUCUUUGAUUUUUUCUCGCAGGAUAUGUUUGAACAAAUAUGCAACAUGACGAACUUGUACUCUGUGCAAAAAAGGGGUCGAUCAGUCAAUUUAACGGUCGAAGAACUAAAAAGUUUCUUAGCUAUCAAGAUUAUGAUGGGAAUAGUAAGCAUGCCAUCUUACCUUGAUUAUUGGCGCACCGAAACAAGGUAUGCACCGAUCGCAGAUAUUAUGACCCUGAAGCGAUACCAGCUAUUAAGGAGUUGUAUCCAUUUUGUGGACAACGACGAUGCCAACAAUGAUCCUUACUUUAAAAUUAGCUCUGUGGUAGAAAAAGUACGCCGAAAUUGUCUUGCUGUCGAGGAAGAAAAGCGGUUCAGUAUUGACGAAAUGACAAUACCUUACAAAGGUACGAAAGCCGGAAAAAAAAGACAAUAUAACCCAAGAAAACCUAGAAAAUGGGGAUUUAAAAACAUUGUUAGAGCUGGUGCAUCAGGCUUUAUAUAUGAUUUCUUUCUGUAUACUGGUCAAGAUGAAUUUGAAGACUGCGGUUUCACUGAGGAAGAAGCAGCUUUAGGUUGGGGUGCCAAAGCAGUUUUACGACUUUGUAAAACUAUAAAAAAUAAACCUUGCGUCGUAUAUUUUGAUAACUUCUUUUCCUCUUUGGAGUUAAUAUACCAUCUGAGGCACACGUAUGGUAUUUUCAGCCUUGGUACGAUGCGGUCUAAUAGACUGCGAGACUCUCAAACUCACUUAAAGACCGACAAGGAGUUAAAGGCUCAAGGCAGAGGUGCGUUUUGCCAGACAACCUGCAACGAAAACAAAGUCGCAGUCGUAAAAUGGAACGACAACAAAUGCGUUGUUUUGGCAAGCAGUUAUUCUGAUGCUUACCCUUUGUCGACCGUGAAGAGAUACUGCAAAAUUAAAAAACAGAAAAUAAAUGUGCAGUAUCCAAACAUUGUGGAGCAUUACAACGCCCAUAUGGGCGGCGUAGAUUUAGCAGACAUGCUAGUCGCUCUCUACCGCACUGAAAUGAAAACAAGAAGGUGGUACCUGUCAAUAUUUUCACAGAUUAUUGACAUAUGUGUCAACAAUGCAUGGUUGAUGUAUAGAAGAGACAGUAAGAGAAAAGGAAUAAAGAAGUACUUAGGUUUGAAGCAAUUCCGGCUGCAGAUAUAUCAAGGGUUACUCAAAGCAGAUAAGCGAGCAUCAGGUUUAGUACCAACAGUAACGGAUGUAAUUCGAAAACCCAACCGCAUCCUUCCUGUUGAUGAUGUCAAAUAUGAUGGCUUAGACCAUUUACCAAACUUUUUGGACACAUACGGCCGGUGUUCUUACUGCAAAAACGGUAGAACUGAUGUACACUGCAUUAAAUGCAACGUACGAUUGUGUUUAGUACGAAAGCGCAACUGUUUCUACACUUUUCAUAAAAACUGAACAGUUUUGAAACGUCAUUUUUAAUUUGAAAACGUUUUUCAUGCAUGACUUUCUCACUCUGUCGUGUUAUUUUGAUUAAAUAUGUAAAAAUAGACAUGGUUUUUGAUUUCGUUUUUUGUCCUACUAUGCAACUUGUUAAGUAUAAUUGACACUUUUAUUUGAGAUUAGUUUGAAGAGCAUUGGUUUUUGUCAAUUAUACUGUACAUACGAUUUCCAUGAAAGCCUUCAAUGAAUAUUUUUUUAAUUAUUUUUUUUGCCAUCUUUAUGGCAUAAAUAAGAAAUAUAAAUCAAUAGAAAAUAUAAAUUUAACAUUUUUUUGUCCUGCGAAAUUAAG